UAACCUUUCAUCCGCGACCCCCUUGACCGAGGCAAUGGCGGGCGUCGAGGAGGCUAAUGCGGCGCCGAUCGCUCAUGGCACCUCUGAGGCGGCGUCGGAGGAGCUGGCAGGCGACGAGGAGGAGAAGGGGUCAGGAGUGCGGUUUCCUCUGGCCAGGAUCAAGAGGAUUAUGAAGGCCGAUCCCGAGUUGGGGCUGGCCGGGCAGGACGCCGUGUUCCUCGUCGCCAAAGCCACGGAACUGUUUGUGGAAUCCUUGGCUCUGGAGGCUUACCACUACACAAGCCAGUCAAAGAAAAAGACGGUAUCGAGACGAGAUGUCGACCACUGCAUUGAUGCCAUAGAAGCACUGGCCUUUUUGGAUGGUGCAAUGGACUGAUGUUGGACAGCCAGCAAGGGGAAUCUUUCUGUCUUUUGCUCUGUCAGUCUCAUCAUAGAUGUUAAUUCCUUACUUAAGCAUUCAGACUUGAUUAAACUUUGAAUGUAGAAAUGGUAGGAAUGAGAAUGAAUAUCUUCACAGUGAAGAUGUUCUAUCCUAUUCAUACUUUUUUUUUUUAACAUUUGUCGCAGUGGACACUGUCAAAACUCUAAAUGCUAUUCUUACACAGAUAUUAGCUGUCAGACUCAUUUAAACUUUGAAUAUUUCUCAAGAAGUACUGGGAUAGCUACACAACAGAUGUGAAGAGUAGACAUAAAAAGAAGUCUGGUAUUGGUUUUGAAAGCGCUUUGUAAAACCAUUCAGGAGAUUACAAUUAAUGAUUAAUCCCAGUGCCUCAUGUUAAUCUGUGAUUUUUUGUAAUUCUAUUUUUUAAAUAAAAUGUGUAUAUAUAUAUAUACUAACAAAAAGU